AUGUUGGUACUUGUCGUUAAGAAAAGAUCUCGAGAGCAAUUUACAAGGGAAGAGGAUAUACUACUUAUCCAAUCAUGGCUCAAUGUUUCAAAGGAUCCAAUUGUGGGAGUUGAUCAAAAGGCUGAGAGUUUUUGGUUAAGAAUUGUUGCUAGUUAUAACCAAUAUCGUGGGCAAUUGCGGGAAAAGUUAUGGGGACAAUUAAAAUGUCGAUGGCAUAGAAUAAAUGGCAUGGUUCAAAAAUUUGUUGGGUGUUACAAAAUUGCUCUUAAAGGAAAGAAAAGUGGGACAUCCGAGACCGAUGUCAUGGCAGAUGCACAUGCUAUUUUUGCUCAGGAUCAAGGUACAACAUUCAAUCUUGAGUAUGCAUGGAGAUUGUUAAAAGAUGAAGCUAAAUGGCGCAUCGUCGAAGAAUCGAUUGGAAGUUUUGCAAAAAUAACAAAGACUUAUGCUAGUGGGGCAUCAUCGGAGAACCCAGAUACAACUUCAAGUUAUGAGUUUAACUCAUCAUCACCAAUGGAGCGUCCAAUGGGACAAAAAGCAGCAAAAAGGAAGGGUAAGGCAUCAGAAAUUCCAAAUGCAACACAAGAUGCAAAGAAUAAAAGAGCAAUAACAAUGGACAGACUUGCGCAAGCUAAGGAGGACGAGCUAGAAUUAAGGAAUGAACGUCGAUCUGGAAGUUCCUCUAGGCCAAAGAGAAGAACAACGGUAGAUCGAGGUCGUGAAGAAGGGCACAAUCGAUUAUUCAAUGACUACUUCUCGGAAAACCCAGUAUACACAGAUGUUCAAUUCCGAAGAAGGCUCAGAAUGCAUAGGCAUGUAUUUCUUCGAAUUGUAGAUGCCCUUGGAAAUCAUGAUGAAUAUUUCCAAAUGAGGGUCGAUGCAACUGGUAAAAUGGGUCUUUCACCAUUGCAGAAAUGUACAUCUGCUAUUCGUAUGCUGGCGUAUGGGUCUCCUGCUGACCUUGUAGACGAAUAUGUUCGAAUCGGUGAAAGCACUUCAAUUGAGUGCUUAGAAAGAUUUGUUAAGGGUGCCAAUGUUGUAUUUGGCGCUGAGUAUUUGAGAAAGCCUAACAACACUGAUGUUGGACAUCUUUUACAAAUGGGGGAGUCACGUGGCUUUCCAGGGGAAGGACGUGCUCCCAAUGUGCAAUAUACAAUCAAUGGGACACCAUAUAAUAUGGGGUAUUAUUUAGCAGAUGGUAUAUAUCUCGAGUGGGCUACAUUUGUCAAGACUAUUUCAAUGCCACAGGGAGAAAAGAAAAAAUUAUUUGCUCAACAUCAAGAAUCGGCUAGAAAAGAUGUGGAGCGAGCAUUUGGAGUGCUUCAAUCUCGAUUUGCAAUUAUACGUGGCCCAGCGCGUGCUUGGCACAUGGACACUCUCAAGCAUACCAUAUAUGCCUGCAUCAUAUUGCACAACAUGAUUGUGGAAGACGAACGACAUACAUAUGAAGGUAAUUUUGAUUACUCUUAUGAUAAUGUGGAUAUCAAUAACUCAACAACUGAAACAUUUAGCGGUCCUCAUCCGAAUCUUGCAACAAGACCAGAAAGAAGAACAAGUAUUCAAGAAAAACAAGUUCGUCGUAAACUUCAAGGAGAUCUAGUCGAAUAUAUUUGGGAACGUUUUGGACAUGAAGAUGAUGAAAUUUAA